CUCACUAAGACAGACAGUAGCAGACAACAAGUUCCAGAGAGGGGAGAAGAAAUGUCAUCGACCAUCUCGUUGAAGCCACUGCUCUUACCCCAAAGUUUCACUGACUCCUUCCCCGGACAGCCUCACAUCCUCAACUACUCCAUUAAGACCCCAAAAGAUCCAGACGACCACCUUUUGAUUCUCACCCUCGAGAGCCGAAGAAGAGGGAUAAGGUAACAAGCAGUGUCUAAAUGCUGAUUAUUUGUGAAGACGCAUUGAAUAGACAUAGCAUUCAUUUUACAAGCAGUCACCAGUUUAUUAGAAACAGGUCAACAAUCCAGUGUGAUUCAUAACAACAGCUGUGCCACAGUGUCUUUGAGGAAGUUAAUGUUGUUUCAAUAAGAUGUAAUCCAACACACCUCCAAGUGCAUUCAUAUUUAAUUUAAGUUAUGCAUUGGCUGACAAUGGAUGGAUAAUUAAAUAAUAUAAUAUUUGAAAUGGGAGGGCAUAGAGAAAAGGCAGAUCAGCUGGAAGGACCUGCAGGAAAUGGAUACAAGCAGGAUCAGCUUCCUGCUUAGAGCGACCUAUGUGGUAAAACCAUAGACUGGAUAUAAAACAGAGUAGAAUAAACAAGGGAUAUUCUCCAUCUUGUCCUGUUCUAAACUGGGGCAGCUUUUGACUCGGUUGCCUGUGACAGUAGGUGUUCAGUUUAAAAAGGUGUAGAGGAAAUGAUGUCUUAUCUACUGAGCGGGCCACAUGACUUUCAUGGUACUGUCAUUCAGGCCAGCAGCCAGUCAGAUUCACCUUUAGCCUCAGCGUACCCUCAGGUUCGGCCUGGAACACUGUUGUGAUUAAAAGCCUUAGAAGAGGGUGUCUUGUGAUUGAAAGACUGAUGACAAUAAGGUUCACAAGUGGUUAUGUCCCAUAACAUCUUCUGAUGGUCCCCAACAUCAUCUGGUGUUAGGCAUCUUAAUCAGGGCGGUAGAACAUACAAGGGAUAUUCUUCAUCUAGUUCUAUGUUCUAAAUUAAUGUUUAACAAAUGAUUUUUACCUGUGGAUUUAAUUAACCCCAACUUUUUUUUUUCCAGGGAUGGGGACCAUCAACAAGAUGCUCCCCACUUUGAUAUACAAUCUUUCAAUUUAAAAAUGAAUUUAAAUUUCCAAAAUUAUUUUCAACAAAGGGAAAAUGUAAGUAUGACUCAUACACAGUGGCAGGAUUUCACAAAGGAUUACAAUAACGAAUGUAAAGAAAAAAAAAAUCAUCAACAUUUAUUUUGUAGUAUUUUUGGAGAAGGAUAUAAAGAAACCUUUUUUGUUCCUAAGCCACAUUAUCCUGAGAAAAACUCCUCUGAAUCAACAAUUCACACAGAGGAGAUUUUAAUCAAACAAAUUGAUGAGUAUCUAGAGCAAAAAUUUCAGAGCAAAAUACCUAAAGGAGGAAAUAUUGUUAUGUAUUCAUCCAACAGCCCAUGUAUGAAGAGAGAAAAGGAUAUUAAAGAUCCUUGCAUGUUUCAGCUUUUAGUAAAAGCAAAGCAAUGGUACAGUAGAUUUAAAAUACCUACAACGCUUUUGUUCACAGAGUUUUGGGGACCAAUUGUAUCAAUUAAUUUGAUAGAUUAUGAUAUUCUUCAUAAAUUUACAAAAAACUGUAAAUUUCCCAUCCAGCUGACCCGUAAUCAACUAUGGGAAAGGUUGAAAGAAAUUAAUGAAAAACAAUUCCAUUCCAUGGUUCCAGACAAAGAUAAAAAUAUAUUAAGUGUUAAUAUAAAAGGAUUAAAGACGGCUCUUAUGAAACUGGCAGAAGAAAAAGAAUCUUUCUCAUUUAAAAAACAUUUGAUCAAGGCAAAGAAAGAAUUGCCCAAACAUCUCAGAAUUCAAAGUCAACCAGCCAGAAGAGAAAUAAAAGAAACAUUUUUAAGUGUUUGGUCCAAAAUGCUAGAAAGCUGUUCAGAGAAACAUAAUAGAGCAGAAAUAACAAAAAAAUGCAACUCUGCCAUUGUUAAGAAUUUUCUCCAAAAUCUUGAGUCCAUUUUAGGGGAGAGGAGCCCGAUACAAUUUUGUCAGAUCCCUGCGAUUGAUGGAUUAACUAAUUGAUUGAUUGAUUGAUUGAUUGAUUGAUUGAUUGAUUGAUUUGAAAGGUCCAGUGUGUAAGAUUUAGGUGAAAGGGAUCUAUUGGCAGAAAUUUCAUGUAGAAUAAUCCUCAUGAUGUUUUCACUAGUUCGUUUCAUCUAAAUUGUAUGAAUUGUAGUUUUUUUUACCCCAGAAAAGGCCCUUUAUAUUUAAAUACUUUAUAUUUAAAUACUGCUAUGCCAAUGGGAAAACCUUAGAGAUAUAAUUGACACACUACCCUCAUUCCCAUUUAAAUGGUCCAUAAAAGGUUUUGUCUACUUGGGUAUUCAUAUCACACCUUUGUUUCAGGGAAUGUUUAAGGCUAAUUUAACCCCCUCCUAUAAGGAAGGACCUGGACAGAUGGGCUCUACUCCCCUUGUCAUUGCUUGGUAGAGUUUCUAUCAUUAAAAUGAAUAUUUUGCCAAGAUUAUUAUACCCCCUACAGAUGACCCCAUUACUCUUGUCAGGCAAGGUAUUGAAGCUGCUUAAUGGCUGGCUGAGUGACUUCAUUUGACAGACACGGUCUCUACAUGUAAGGCUAGACUUAAAACCUUCCUUUUUGAUAAAGCUUUUAGCUCAACCCUGAACCAUAGUCAUCCAUAGCUAUGCUGCUUUAGACCUACACUGCUGGGGGAUCACCCAUCAAGCACCAGAAACCAGCACCUUCUAUCUUAUUCUCUCUUCUUCACCCUCUGCCUGGUCUAUUUUGUUAUAUCUUAUUACAUAUCUCUAACUCCUUGGGUCUUCUCCUUCCCUCCUUGGUCCUCACCGUGCGGCUCUCCGGAGCCCGUCCUGGCUCGGGUCCUGAUGAGGGAUGGACAUAGUGAGGUCGCAGGUCUGUCGCAGGGCUGACAUGGAGGGUCACGCAGCCACCAGCACUCUCACCUGAGGACUUCCCACCUUUGGAGCCAUGGGUCCUACUACUGCGCAUGUUGGACCAUGAGGGAGGCAGGAGUGUCCGGGGGGACCACCGCACCUCUGUAUUUAACCCAUCCGUGUGAACAGGGAACACACGGCGGAACACAUGGCGGAACAGUGGGCAGCCAUGAAGGCGCCCGGGGAGCAAUUGGGGGGUUCAGUGCCUUGCUCAAGGGCACCUUGGAGUGCCCGGGGGACCACCGCACCCUUGGAAGACCAUGCUAACGUCCAUGUGGAGAUUCCCGGGCUGGAUUCAAGCACUCGACCAGACACUGUGACUCACCCCACCCCUAUUUUCUUUUGUUCCCCUAUAUUACUUGUUCUUUAUCCAUCACCCCAACCGGUCCUGGCAGAGGCCGUCCACACCGAGCCCGGUUCUGCCGGAGGUUUCUUCCACCUGGGAGUUUUUCCUCCCCACUGUUGCUCAUGCUUGCUCGGUGUGGAACUAGUUGGAUUUUGUGUUUCUUAAGAUCUUGGACUUUUGUGCAGCACCCUGAGAAAACUGUUUGUUGUGAUACCGUGCUAUAUAAAUAAAUUUGAUUGAUUGAUUUGGAACAAGAGAAAGCCCAGACUAAAAGUAGCAAAACUACAACUUCCCAGUUGGAAGGGUGGUCUAGAUCUUCCCAACAUCAGAUGGUAUCAGCUGGCAUCCCAUUUAAGAUGUAUAGCAUAAUGGGUCAAGGAGGAACAUACUUCUGAUUUGCUGAGUUUAGAAAAGUCACAGACCUCAGGCUCCCUGUUAGGCCUUUUGGCCUUCAAGGACUUAAAGUCAGCCAGGAGCCAUUGUAAAAAUAACCCUAUAAUCUCUAAUACCUUAAAAAGUAUGUAUAGACUGUCUAGACCAAUGUUGUACUGAGUGUUGUUGUUGUUUUGUUUAAUUGUUGUUAUGUUAAUAUAAAAAAAAUGAAAAAAGUCCAACAUAUUUGAGAGAAUAUUACAUAAGACCAAUAAAACAAAGAUUUUUAAUACAGAAAUGUCAGUCUACUGAAAAGUAUGUCAUAUAUUAACUGCAUUUCGUUGCUUUGUACUUGUGACAUGUGCAAUGACAAUAAAGUUGAAUCUAAUCUAAUAUACAUGUGUGCACUCAAUAGUGUUUUGUUAUCUGCUCUGUUCUGAGCAGCCUUGACUAAAACCAUUAACAUUGAGGCUGUGUGUGCUUUUUUUUGCUGAUGAUCCUCAAACUGUGACAGUCUGGUUAAGCUCUAAGAAGCUCUUUAGCUGUGUGUGGACAUAAACAGGAAGCAUCAGUAUGUGAGGACAAAGAGAAAUGCUGCGUUAAUACACAAAGAACAGAAUCCACCAGUGAACGAAACGAAGAUAAAGUGUGAACCUCCAGAAGAUAAACUAUGCACCAGGCAAUAACACAGAUUUAAUUUCCUUUAUUAGUAGUUUUAGUACUGAUACAUGACCUUGUUAAACCCUUGUCCCAGCACACAUACCGUUGUCCUUUUUGACAUGGAGCUUUGAGAAUUGGCACAAACAAUAUAUGAAAGUCCCUGUAUACAAUACUGAUUUUAAAUUAAAAAAAAAAAAA